AUGUUUCUAUUCAGCGUGUCGUCAUUCCGUGCAUGUGAUGCUCGACGAAAAGGCCUCGAUCGAACCUUAUUCGGCCAUGUAGCGGUCGUGUUCGUGGACGAAGUGCAGCCUUUCCUGACCGGUUGCGUGGCUCUGGACAAUCAGGCUCGUUUCGCCGAAAAGUCCGGAGCGCUGGCGUUGGUCGUCGGUCCAGCGUCACGAAUCCAACGUAAUCGCAAACCCAUGAAGAUUCGUGCAUCGAAGAUUCCCGUGGUCGUUCUGGACGACCAAGAGACGCAGCGGCUGCGACAGCAACUGGCCGAGGCCGGUCAAGGAGCCGCCGUGGCUCACCUUCGACUCGACUUUAUCGAGCCGAAGCCACCUCAUGUACUCAAACUACAGGUCUUCCGUCCGAGUUUACUAAACCUGUCGUUGAUUGGCCUGCUGAUAGUACUGGUAUUGUUCAUCACACUGCUCGUAUUCGUGAAGAUACGAUGGCGGCCCACGGCUCACAGAGACCUUUGGUUACGCACCUUGGCACGAGCUGCUGUUGGCAAAAUGGAGAUCCGAAAGUUCCAGAAG